CAACGUGGGGAAAAAAAAGAUUACGUCUGCCGUCGAGACACAGCUAAAAUGUUUGUUAGCUUCGCUCAAGGACCUGCAGUGUGCACUACACAGUGUAGCCAGGAGUCGUGUGUUUUGACAAAGAUUUCAACAUGAGCUAGUCUACAUGUUUACAAUUCAAGGGCAAUGUGGAUACUGUGCUGGUUCGCCUUAUUCCUCAUGUUCGCGGAUUGUUUUUUCUUAAAUUAUGAAGCUGAUAUAUUUCCUAAAGAUGUGCUUGUGUUUGUUGGCGAGACUCUGACUGUCACCUGUGUCCUGAAUAAAAACUACAGCAUUGAGGAUGUAUAUAUCAACGUUGUUUCUGGCAAAGAAAAUGAUCCAAUACCCAAAGAAUAUCAUUAUAUUAAGAACAACAUGACAGUCUCGGGGAAUGUCACCAUUAAAGAAGAUUAUAUUACACAACUAACAGUCGAAUGCCUGUUGAAAAGCACUGACGAUAAAGUUGAUAAACAGCUGAGAAGUAUGUUGAUUUAUGUUGAAAAUCCGAUCAGAAAUGUCACCAAUUUUACUGCAUACUAUCUGUACAAGGACCGUGUGAAUAUGACCUGGUCAUUAGAUCAAAACUAUAGGGGACAGUCUAAAAUUGCUGUUGACGUGGGAUGGCACUAUGAUCCAUCAGCCAAAAGGUCAAAGUAUUUGAAGUGCAGUACUUCCACCUUGGAGUCCUGUAUAAUAAUGUGCAGUAACACAAGUGCAUCAUGUAUUCUCGGAAAUGAGAUUUCAGAAGCAAGUAUAAACUAUGUCUAUGUCAGAAUUACAGUGAUGCUGUCAAACCUUCGCCAAUUGGAGAAACGUCUAAAUCUAAGUGAUGAGAUUACCAACAGGCUGGAUGUAAAUGCGACAGCAGAUUUUAAAGUUUACAUAUACAACGCAACUAAAUCUGGACCUCCUGACAAUCUGUUUGUGGACACUAACAGCACCUGUGUCAGUGUGACAUGGAAAGAUCCUGAAUACUUGCUUAAUUGUGGCCAGGGAAGCAACUCUUUGUUCGGGUAUAGGUUGACUUAUGUUCCAGUAGUUGGGCAAAGUGUUAACAAUAUGACUUUGGAGGCUAAAUACAGAACAUCAAACCUGCCUGUCUUUAUAUGCAAGCUUUCACCAUUUACUAAUUACUCAGUUUCUGUUCAAGUUAGACGAGAAGAUAAACAACCAUGGAGUGAUUGGUCAAAAGUGGUCAUGCAGACUAAAGAAGACACUCCAUUGUUUGGCCCACCAACACUAAGCUCAUCUUUUCAUAGCACAGAAUGCUCUACUCAGUCUGCUGAAAGAAGAAAACGUGUUGUCACCUUGUACUGGCUGAAUCCAGAUACCAAAUCCUUGCAAGGUUUGCUGGACCAUUAUGAAGUUUGCGUGAAUUCAUCACUGGAGACUAUACCCUGUCAUGAAUUGAAAAAAGCUAAUUCUCACAAAGUGGAACUCGACUGUGACCAAAAGUAUGAUGUAUUUAUAUACACAUCAACAAAAACAGGCAAAGCUCAGGUUCCUUCAGUGAUUUCUAUUCCUCCUCAAGACUAUGGUCUUACAAAUAGCCUGGAUGUGAAAGUUGAACAGAUUCAAUCUCAAUAUGAAUUCCAGACUUUCGAUGUAAUCUGGAAGCCAUUUACUAAAAUGAAUGCAACAUUAGUCUUUUAUAUUUGCAAAGAAAAUAAAGAUAUUGAUUGCUCAAAUGGCUAUGUGAAUCUUUCAACUGAAGCUAAAUCUGGACAUUACACCAUCUACAAUGUCAGUAACCAUGACAGUUUAUUUGGCUAUGCCUUGGUCCUAGGCAAUGGUGAAACACAGGGUAUCAGUCUUACCAAAUGUGUAUUUAGGAGAAAUACUGUACCUAGAAAGCCUGAAGGUCUCAUGGUGUUCUCAGGAGAUGCCUACGGGUCACUUAAGAUUACUUGGUUGCCUGAACCCUGCAACAAAGAGAAAUUUUCAUUGAUAGAAAACUACACUAUCUAUAUAUGUAGUGACAAGACUUUUACACGACUGACUCAAUGUCAAGAACAUAAUGUCAUUAGUUCCAGUAACAACCUUACAGUCCAAUCUCUGGAUGAUGAUAAGGAGUACAAUGUGUCCAUCAGGGCAACAUCACCAUUUGCAGUUCCUGGAGAAUUGUCAGAUUUUAGAGUAGGGAAAACCAAGUACAGACUAAGUGGAACAACAAUAGCAGCUAUAGUCUCGCCACUGGUCAUACUCUUUGCCAUCUCUGGUGUAUUUGUUUACUUUUGCUGGGCAUGCAUAAAGUCAAGAAGACAAAUUAAUAAAAUAAAAAUACAGCCUGAAGAAGAUAAAACAUCAAGUCAUUCCUUCAGGCAAACAAAGAUUGAUUCUACUCAAGACCAUAGUGAUGAGUCUGGAAUUGAAUCAAUCUGCUCUUCCAAUGAGCAUAAGGAAGUCACUACAUCGCAGCCACAGAUCACUUCUGAAACAGAGCAGACAAAGAGUUCUUUUAAUGAAUUCCAGAUAAGCCAACUGCCCCCUUUAGGCUACACACGUAUGGGUCAUGUUGAACCAACAUCUGCUAAUACUUCUGAUGAUCCUAACCUUACACUAGUGACUGACUGGAAUAAUGAAUAUCAAUUACAUUUUAUAGCCGUCAGUCCAACCAAGCCAGACUUGAUUGUAUCAAAUUGUUUUGAUUUUCCAACUCCAAAACCUGACGACUCUAAACCAAAAAGGGAUAGUGUGUCUAGUACUAACAACACUGCUCAGGAUAAUGCCCUGUCUAGAUCUACUGACAUUGCUCAUGAUAAAACAUUUUUAGAAACUGAUGUUGAGAAACACAGGUCUGUACCUGUCACCGGCAACUGCAAAUGUCCAAUAGAGGAAUAUGUGACAAUGGCAGACUGCCCUAAGCAAGACCAGGUGGAUGACAAGUUUGACUCAAACACAGAAUUACUUGGUGUCAUCAGUGAAAUAAAAGAAUAUGACAAAGGACAAGAUAAUUAUAAAUAUAACGAGUGUUAUCAAAGAUUUUGUGGGGUUACUUCCCCUAAUGUUUAUGUUAAGAAUAAUGAGCAGAAAGAAAAUAAUUUUGAGUUCAGCAAAGAUCUACUUGUUGAUGAUCAAAAUGGUUCAGAUGAUUCUAAAUUACCUUAUAGGGUAUAUGAGGAUGGAACUAAAGUCUGCCAAGUAGUAGGGUUAGGAAGUGAUCACAAUGUUGAUAAUAGUUGUAAUGAAGAAGAUAAUAGCUUUCAUAAUGAUAAUGACAAUUUUGAUAAUUAUGCUGAUAAUAGUAGUCAAAAUACUAUAAACGAUUAUCCAGAUUGUAUAAGAAAUUAUGAGAAACAGGGAAGUAGCAGGAACCUCUUCAGUCAUGAAGAUUAUCAAAUGAAUAUUCCAGAAGAUAAAUAUACACCAGAAAUGAAUAUUGAGGAAGUUAAUUACACACCACAAAUGAAUAUUCAAGAAGAUAAUUACACACCACAAAUGAAUAUUCAGGAAGAUAAUUACACACCACAAAUGAAUAUUCAGGAAGAUAAUUACACACCACAAAUGAAUAUUCAUGAAAAUAAUUAUACAACACAAAUGGGUGAUCAGCUAGCCCGAAUCUGUGACACUAGCCCUGACGCAGUCCAAAAUAAGUCUACCUUUGUGACUAUGACACAAUGCAAAAAGCAUAGACAGAUGAAACCUGAAAUCUUGGAAGAUAAUGAUCAUUGUGACAUUUACAAGAGAGACAAUAAUGUAUCAAACUAUGUGAAACAUACUUGGGAUAAAAAUGGUAACAUGUCAUUUGUCUAGAGAGAAACAAAGAAACAAUAUCAACUGUUAUAUAAGUACGUAAUAAGUACAUUAUAUGUACAUUGUAUGUAUGUUAUAUGUACGCUAACACAGCCCUUUAGACUAAGUGAAAAAAAAAGCUGUACAUUUUGUAGGUUUUGUAAGUUUCUGACAUUUCUUUACAAGUGAAUAUUAUUACAACUUAGUCCAAACCUACUGCAACAAGGCUGGGGUUGGCAGCGAACAGGGCUCAAACCUUGGAUCAUUGUUAUGACAGUCUGAAGUACAUAUCACAUGGCCAGCAGCCAUUUUAAAAGGUGUCUAAAAAUGUCCCAAAAUGUUUUUUAAUUAAAUCAAGUAGAGUGGGGAUAACUAACAAGUUUGGUUCAACAGAUAAGGAACUCAAAUCUAAUUUCAAAUAGCUUGAAUUCUCAAAAGCACUGACUUUAUGUUUUUAAUCUGGGGAAUAGCUGCUGAGUACCAAGCCACUUUAAGAGCUACAAAAUAUUUCUUACAGGACAAUUUUUAAUGCAGCUUGAUGUUGUGCUAUCUAAAUGUUUUUUGUAUGCCAUUAUUCAGGACAAUGUGGACCAAGUUUUUCACUUUUCAUCUUUUAUAAAAAAUGUUGUAUAGAGUAUUAUUAUUAGAAGGCAUAACAGUUGAAGUUAGUUUUCAAUCUCCAGCCCUUUUGAUAGGUAGCAAAAGUGGCUAAACAGUUGUUUUUUUUCAUUGGAAUAUGUAGACUGAAGGAGCGAAAAACUAAGCCUAAUACAAGAAAAAAAAGCUUUGCUUGUCAAUGUGCUGGUUACAUUAAAUCCUAGUCAAUCUUUAGCCACAGAAAUGUAGCUUUUGAUUAUUUAGCAGUAUUAUGUAUUUAAUAAGGGGGGCAUGGUGGCCAAGUGGUAAAUCAGUUUGCUUUGAAACUGAUGGUCUCAGUUUUAAAUCUGAUUGAAUAAUGGGAUGUUCUAUUUUGAAAUUUUAAAGGCGGUUUUAAGUCCACCUAACUCUAAUGGGUUACUAAUAUUAGUUGGGGAAAAGUAAAGACGGUUGAUCAUGGUGAUGGGCUCAAUGGCACCCUAGUUGACCACUGAAACAGAUGACAUUUUCUGCCCUGUAGUUCAUCAGGUCUGAAAAUGGGUACAAUGUAUUGAAGAGGAACUUUAUUUACAUUAUUAACAAGACUAUUGCCUCUUUAAUGCAUUGUCUUAAAGUUGCUUCCCUUGAUGCAGUUUCUUAAAGUUGUUUCCCUUGAUGCUGUUUUUGUUUUUAAAGUUGCUUCCCUUGAUGUAUUUUCUAUUGCUUUCCUUGCUGUAAUUUCUGAUUCUAGAUGGUGUGUAAGUAAACUAUACAUUGUCUUUUUGCUGUUUCAGUUGCUUUAACCAGUGACAAAUUUACCAUGCCUACUAUUUUUUGUUCUUGCUAUAUGAAAAUAAUAUUCUAAAACUUUUUAUAAUGCUUUUAUUCAGUGUGCCUUUCAUGCUUAGUGCUCACUGGUCCCCUUUCUUUUGUGGAUGUGUGUGGGGGGGGGGGGGGGAGAGGGGUUGAGGAAACCAGGUGGGGGUAACUGGAAGAAAGUUUACAUGUUGCUUUUAGGGGCUCAGAAUAUACAGCUCUAUCUGAGUAAGUAUUCAAUCUCGAGCCUCUUUGAUAGGUAGCCAAAAGUGGCCUAGCAGUGAUUGCCACUCUACCUCAUGUAAGUAAAAUGAAUGAAAUAUAGACUUAGUGAUAAAUGAUUUAAUGUGAAUGUGCAUAACAGUUUAUCAAUGAGAGUGUCAAGGACAAGGGAGAGAAUGCUAGAUUUAAAAAAAAAUGUUAUACCAAUGGAUCAAAGAGAGUGAAAGAAAUUGUAUUGUGAUACAUAACGUGACAUUUUUGUUGACAGUAUUUGUUUGUUAAUACUCAAUAUAAAAUGGCAGCUCAAUGUAUAAUAACAGUAUUAUAUUACAAGUAAUACAACUUUUUUUGUGGAAUAAACAUAUUUAUGUAUGUUUCCCAACUUUCUGAAGAACUGCUUGGAGGUAGUAUGUCUCCAUACAGAGACAGGUAUUAAGGGAACCAUUCUGUGCAAGAAAUUUAACCUGAAAGGAAGUGCAGGAACAUGUUAUCUUUAUUUUCAUUGAAAUAAAAAAAAAUAUUUUUAAUUUUUAUGAAUAUUGAAAUAGUCUGUCAUGAUAGUUAAUGUUGAUUUUUUUGUUGAGUUAUAAGUGGCCCAAACAUUUAUUUGCUCAGAUAUGUGUUGUCAAAACAGUAAGUAGGCCUAUUGGUUUGUUCAGCUAUCUGUUGCCAAAACAUUAUUUGUUUGUUUAGCUAUCUGUUGCCCAAACACUAUUGGCUUGUUUAGGUAUCUGUUGCCCUAACAGUAUUGGUUUGUUUAAGCUAUCUUUUGCCCAAACACAAUUUGUUUGUUUAGCUAUCUAUGUCCAAACAGUAGGCCUAUUGGUUCAUUUAGCUAUCUGUUGCCCAAACAAUAUUGUUUAGCUAUCUGUUUAGCUAUCUGUUGUCCUAACUGGCUGCACCGAAUUUUUUUUUCCUAUCCAAAGAAAGUGCUUUCAAAUUUGUAUUAUUUCCAGGCCACCUAUGUUUGCAAAUCAAAUGAGAAUAUCUACGUUCAUUAAUUAUAGCCUACACUUUUAUAAGCAGCUAAGGAGGUACAUGCAAGUUAUUCUGUACAAAAAUAAAACUGUUUGGACCAAUAAAA